GAAGGAAAAGGAAGGAAGGCAGUAGCGUGCCACUGUUCCUACUAAAAAAUUUGACAUUUAGUACGCCAUAAAUUUUUGCCUGUCGAGAAGUCCUAUAAAAAUGUCUAGACAAUUUCUAUUGACUGUAGAGAUACCUCUUUAAAUAGUAUUGCUUCUUAGCAUUUAGAGUUUUUAUGCUCUUAGCUAAUUUUGGUUGUAUUUCGUUGUCAAAUUGAUUAUGGGAAGCUCUCGUUCAUCGCGAAGCCCAUUAAAACGGCACCAUCAUAAAAAUAAGCAUAAAAAGAGAGGAAAAGACCGUAACAGACGUAAGAAUGGUGUGCAUGGAAGUGAUCGGUCUGAGGAAAAAUAUCGGAAUACUAUUUCUAUAAAUAAAAAAAAUAAAUGCAGGGUCUCUAUAAAUCAUGAAUUUGAAAAAGAUGUUCGGGAAACUAGGCAUUCAAAAUAUAGAAAACAGACGUAUAUUGCCAAUAGCUCUAGUGACAGUCAAGAUUCGGAAGAAUAUUGCACUUAUAGUGUUGACAAAAAACGUAAACGACAAAAAGAAAUUGAAACAAGUCUUGAACAAAUCAACAGAACGAAGCGACAGGAAGAUGAGGAGAGGCAGUAUCAAUAACAAGAAUGAAAAUGGUAGAAAUAUACUUACGCGAAAGACAAAGAUUAAAAGUCAUAAAUGGGUGCAGAAUAAAAGGAAGUAUCAUCGCAGCAAAGGGAACCCGUAUGUCACUAAGAGUGGCAGAAGAGUUGAAGAACGUGUUCCGAAACCCAUUGACCGUAAGUGCCGCCAUAAUUGCACUGAAAUCUUCUCAGAAGAAGAGCACAGAGAUCAAUGCAGAAUAUUGGAAUUUAGGCGACUGUUCCUGGCCAAUUGCGUGAAAAUUGAGAAGUGCAAAAGGACGUUGACAAUUGGAUCACGGCGGGCGAACACAUUUAAUUAUACUCUCAAAGCCAAACAGAUAAUUAAAGAUGAAACCAGUAAGCGCAUUGAGCUAUUGGUUCAAAAACGUGUAGAAGAAGAACUAAUAAGGCGUAAGGAUGAAAUUGAAAAAGAAGUAAUGCGGAGAGUAGAAGCCGCCAAAUCUGAAAUGGAGAGGGAGCUGAUGUUCGAAUUGGAAAAACAACGAGAGCAAAUUCGUGAAGAAGCUCGUCAUCGAGAGGAGUUCGAGAAAAAGAAGAGAGAGGAACUGGAAGAUAUAUUUGCUGAAAACAACCGAAGAAUAGAGGAAGCCCAACGGAAAUUGGCUGAAGAACGAUUGGCGAUGAUAGAAGAGCAACGUCUCAUGGAAGAAAAACGUCAGCGAAUGCGUAAAGAAGAAGAAAAGCGUGUAAAAGAAGAGCAAAAAAUGAUAUUAGGGAAAAAUAAUUCGCGGCCGAAGCUCUCAUUUUCUCUUAGACCUGGAGUCUCGUGAUUUACUUACAUUUAAUUUGUCUUACCUUAAGUCUUAAUAUAAAUAUUUGAUUUUUAUAAGAUAAAUACAUACAUUAAAAUAUUCCA